CACAGUCCACAGCCAGCAGCUCAGGGCACACCACUACCAGCCAGGAGCUGGCACCCGGUGAGGGGACACUACCUGGCACCACCUCCCCCCUUCCUCACCUUUAGAACCAGAUGGAUGCAUUCUUCUCAAUGUGAAGCCUCUGACAGACAGCAGACAGCCCUGCCAUUCCACACAUUGCUUUGCCUGAGAGCACAUGAAGUUGGCAGUGCCCAUGCAGAGGCGUGUCUAAGCAUUAGCAGCAGGGAUGUGACACAGAGAAACAUCCAUCAUCACCCAGGACAAUGACACUUCUCUUCUAACCGUCCUGUCCUGCCAGUGUCUCAGCACCCACAGCUCCAAGGAAGACAGGAUGGGAGACUUAUCCAAAGACCCCAGCACCCUCUUAUGACUGGGGUGGGGGGCACUGCACCAACAACCUCUGCUGCUCUGUGGGGAGUCCAACUUGCAGAAAACUCUUUGCCAGGUAAAGCAUGACUGUCAGAAGAUGGGGCCACGCUACUUAAUCUCAAGAGACAUCUUCACUGCUACCAACUGCAGUCUGUCUGUAGUGCUUAGCAGAUGGAUCAGUGCACUGUGGACUGCUCCUAUGAAGUUUAAAUGGUAACUAGGAAAUAGUCAACCACUAGUUGACCUGAGAAGCAGCCAUGAAUAACACUAGUUUCGCUAAUGUGUCAGCAGACGACAGGACCAUGAUGGGGAGUCCUUACAAGACUGUGGAGGUUGUGUUCAUUGUCAUUGUAGCUGGAUCCCUUAGCCUUGUGACCAUUAUUGGAAAUAUCCUGGUAAUGGUCUCUAUAAAAGUGAAUCGGCAUCUACAAACUGUCAACAAUUAUUUUCUGUUCAGCUUGGCCUGUGCUGAUUUAAUUAUUGGGGUAUUCUCCAUGAACCUAUAUACUUUGUACACUGUGAUUGGUUACUGGCCAUUAGGGCCUGUAGUUUGUGACUUGUAUCUGGCUCUAGACUAUGUUGUCAGCAAUGCCUCAGUCAUGAAUCUCCUCAUCAUCAGCUUUGACAGAUAUUUUUGCGUAACUAAACCACUGACCUAUCCAGUGAGAAGAACCACAAAAAUGGCUGGCAUGAUGAUUGCUGCAGCUUGGGUGCUGUCAUUUAUCCUAUGGGCACCAGCUAUACUUUUUUGGCAAUUCAUUGUCGGUGGGCGAACGGUUAAAGAAGGAGAAUGCUACAUUCAGUUCUUCUCCAAUGCUGCAGUCACAUUUGGCACUGCUAUUGCUGCAUUCUACUUGCCUGUCAUUAUUAUGACCAUAUUAUAUUGGCAAAUAUCUCGUGCUAGUAAGAGUAGAAUAAAGAAAGACAAGAAGGAACCAACCACCAAUCAAGAUCCCAUAUCUCCAAGCAACGUCCAAGGAAAAAUAGUUAAACCAAACAAUAACAACCUAUCGGCCAUUGAAGAUGGCUUAGAGCACAGCAAAAUCCAGAAUGGAAAAGCUUCCAGAAAUUCUGUUACUGAAAACUGUGUCCAAACAGAAGGAGAGGAAAAAGAGAUCUCCAACGACUCCACAUCUGUAAGCGUGGUAGGUUCAAAUGCAAAGGAAGAUGGAAGUGCCAAAGAUGGUCCUCAAGCUUCAGGAUCUCAAACCAUUCCAAAAGUUGUGAACUCCAAGCUGGCAUGUAUAAGAAUUGUUACUAAAUCCCAAAAGGGUGAUUGUGGGUCUACAAGUGGCACCACCAUAGAGAUUGUCGCUGGGACAAAUGGUCGUAAUGGAGAAGAUAAGCAGAACAUUGUGGCAAGGAAAAUUGUAAAGAUGACAAAACAACCAGCCAAAAAGAAAAUUCCACCCUCCAGAGAAAAGAAAGUGACAAGAACUAUCUUGGCUAUACUCCUAGCUUUCAUUAUAACCUGGACACCUUAUAAUGUCAUGGUUUUAAUCAACACUUUUUGUGACGUAUGUGUGCCCAACACAGUAUGGACAAUUGGUUAUUGGCUUUGCUAUAUCAACAGUACCAUCAACCCUGCUUGUUAUGCUCUCUGCAAUACCACUUUUAAGAAAACUUUCAAACACCUCCUAAUGUGUCAGUACAAAAACAUUGGCUCAGCAAGGUAAAAGAAGAAAAAAGAAAAAAAGUAAAGGUGGAGCUGUCAUUGAAAUUUUAUGCCAUAGCACUUUACACUCAAUUAUGGAAUGUGCAAUCUAGGAUUCCUAUUCUGGCACAGACCUGUGGAUGAUGUCCACCCACUGCACUUAUAUAUUCAUUAUUGGACUGAGUAGGAUUUACGUAGGUGAACUGGGCUGCUCUUUGAUUAAAAAAGAAUAAGAGAAAACACUUCAAAGGGCUUUUGAGGUCCACUUAUUUUCCACAUCUGUAUUAUUAACAUACAUAUUUUUAAGUGUUUUGAAAUCUGUAGGAGACUUAUUCUACAGAUGUAAGUUUGAGAUCUGACCAUAUCAGACUGAUCAAAUGAAAAUCACUUUAUAAGGCUUUGGGAUUAAAAAAAAACACAAAAACUUUGACCUUUUUGUGGUAUGAACAUCUAAGACAUUGGAAAUACUAAGAUACAUCAAGUUCUAUACAGAGUUCUCACCUUUAUCCUAGCGUUAAAACUGGCUCUUCUGUGCCUCUGUGUCUUUAGUGACUGUAUCAAAAAAUGUUUCUCAAGUUUUUGCCCUUUGGGGUCUAUGUUAGAGCUUCCUGAAAAUAACUAGCCAAGCAAAUAAUAUAUAUAAGAUGUUUUGUGUUCAUGGCACAGAUAAGCAUCCUUUCGUACUCGAGUUGCUGCUGAUAUUCAUAUUCAUUCAACCAGGAGAUGAUGUUCAGCAACGACUGGUCUACGCAAGUUCCAUAGUCCAUUCUUCAUUCUAAAAAAAUUAUAUAUUCCAAUGUGAAAUGACUUAGUCAGUCCACAUUUACUGAACGGUCAUUGUACAAGUCCUGAUGCUACCAAAAUGGUUUCUGGAGAUUCUUACAUACCUGAUAUCCAUAUAAGCAUGGGCAUAUCAACUACAGGGCAAGUACUGCGUGUAAAAAUUUUUAAAAAAUGUAUUUUUAUUUUCAAAAUGUGCAUAGCUAUUCUGAUUGUCUAUAUUAUUACAACUAAUAAUAAUCAAGUCAAAGACUAAUUGCCUUUUUUGUUCACCUCAUGAUCAUUUCUAAUAUUUCCCACAUUUAAGUGCAUUAACCUUUAAAGGUACCCACCAACUGUAUACAGUACAGGCAGAUAUGUACUUUUAAGGGUCAUCAGGACACAUUAAUGAAAAGGGUAAUUUUGGAUGAGAGCCAUUUUAGAAAUAUAUAAUAAAAAUGGUGCUCAUUAUCGUAGGUUCAUGUAUACACACCGUAAACAAUUAGAAUAUUAUAAUAAAUAUCAAAAGUAACAUGCAAAGCCAUCAGAUAAAUGUAUUACUUGGAAUUAAAGGGGUUGUACAGGAUUUUUAAAAAAAAUGGCUA